AUGAAUACUUUCUCUCAAGAGAUAAACCAACUGUUUAAGCAUCCUGAUGAAAAUCUGAAGAAGACAAACAAAAUGGAAAAAUUACAACCAGAUAAUGUGAAUCCUAUCACAUACUUACCCCAAAAAGCUAAUGGCACCACCUGA